ACGGUGGUACAUGUCUUGCUAUAAAUAUACGUAUUUCGCAGCUCUCCACACUCCCGUUUUACUGAUUUUGCCCUUUUCACUUCCCAGUGCCGGCCAUGGUUUCUCCGUGAGAUCUUUCGCCGGAGGUGGAUUUUCCUGGUCUCAGUUCAUAAUGAGUGCUGGUGCUCCAUGAUUUCUCUCCAUUUCUCUGCGGCUCGUUCGAAUCGUUUUUCACUGAGGCGAGAGUGUUCAAGUUUUUCUAUAUACCAUCAUAUUGAUUCAGUUUGCUGUCACCUUUUGGCCUGUGCUGUCACCAUCAUAUUGAUUCAGUUAAGCCAAUUUUCUUCUUGCUGGACUGACUUUCAUUGAUAUUAUCAAGUCAGAUGGGAAGCAGUUCUGAUUCAGAGUCGGAUAUCAGUGAUUCAGAGAUUAAUGAAUAUGUUGAAAAACCUUACGAGGAACUGAAGGCCGGUGUUUACAAAGUGAAGGGCCGAAAUGGUACCCUUAGGUGCCCCUUCUGUGCUGGAAAGAAAAAACAAGACUACCAGUACAAUCAUCUUUUUCAACACGCCAUUGGAGCAGGCAAAGGCUCCUCCAACCGAAGUGCAAAGCAAAAGGCAAACCAUCUUGCAUUGGCUAAGUACUUGGAAACUGACCUAGCUGAGAUGGCGGAACCACUUCCCCAGCAUGUGGUUACACCUGCACCUGCUGUUAAGUCUGAGCAGAAUGACUUGUACUGCUGGCCUUGGACAGGAAUAGUUAAUAACAUAUUGAAUGAGCCAGGCAAUGAACAGUGUGUGGAUAGCAGUGGGUACUGGUUGGAAAAGUUUUCCAAGUACAAGCCUUUAAAGGUUGAGAUUUUCUGGGAUCAACAGGAGCGCACAGCACAAGCUGUAUUGCAAUUUGAUAAUGAUUGGAGUGGGUUUAAGAAUGUCAUGUUGUUUGAGAAGUUUUUUGAAGCUGAUGGUCAUAGUAAGAAAGAAUGGGAUGAGCGUAGAAAUUCUCCUGGUUCAAACGUAUAUGGCUGGUUUGCUCGUGAAGACGAUUAUAAUUCAGAAGGGGCAGUGGGAGAUUACCUUAGGAAAAAUGGAGAGUUAAAGACGAUCGCUGACAUUGUUGAGGAAGCAGCUAAAGACAAGGAAAAAAUUGUGGCUAAUCUAGCCAAUGAGAUAGACAUGAAAAAUGAAAAUCUGGAUCACUUGCAGAUCAAAUACAAUGAAAGAGCAAUGUCCCUUAGUAGGAUGCUUCAAGAGAAAGACAUACUUCACCGUCGUUUCGAUGAAGAAACAAGGAAGCUGCAACGCGAUUCACGGGAGCGUGUAAGGAGAGUUUUAGAUGAACAGGAGACGUUAAACAUAGAGUUGGAAAACAAAAAAAGACGACUUGAUUCUUGGAGUAAAGAACUGAACAAACGUGAGGCAUUGACGGAACGCGAGAGACUGAAACUUGAAGAGGAGAAAAAAAAGAAUGAUAUGAGAAAUAAUGCACUUCAAAUGGCUUCGGAGGAGCAGAGAAAAGCUGAUGAAAAUGUCUUAAGGCUAGCAGAAGAACAUAAGAAAGAGAAAGAGGAAGCUCUGAAAAAGGUUCUCGAGUUAGAAAAGAAUCUAGAUGAGAAGCAAAAACGAGAAAUGGAAAUUGAAGAGUUAAAAGGAAAACUAGAGGUGAUGAAGCAUCUGGGAAAAGAUGAUGCAGCUGUCCAGAAAAAGAUAAAGGAGAUGAAUGAGCAACUGGAGGAGAAAAUUGAGGAAAUGGAUAAUCUCGAAGAUUUAAAUCUACAACUAACUGUCAAGGAGCGCACUAGUAAUGACGAGCUACAACUGGCUCGUAAAGAACUAAUAACGAGUUUGCGUGAGAUGCUAAGUAGCAGUCGCGUUAACAUUGGGCUAAAGAUGAUGGGAGAAGUUGAUGAGAAAGCGUUCAAGAAUGCAUGCAAUCUGAGAUUCCCACCUGAAGAAGCUGAGAUAAAGGCCCUCGAACUUUGCUCCCUGUGGCAAGAGAAACUGAAAAAUCCUCAAUGGUACCCAGUCAAAGUCACCACAGAUGAUAAGGGAAAUCCCCAGGAAAUAUUGAAUGAAGAUGAUGAAUUGCUAAGAAACCUUAAGGAUGAAUGGGGGGACGAGAUUUAUGAUGCAGUUACUACAGCCUUCCAUGAAAUGAAUGAAUACAACCCAAGUGGCCGGUAUGUGGUUCCUGAGCUGUGGAACUACAAGGAAAAUAGGAAGGCCACGCUGAAGGAAGUCAUCAAUUACAUCUUCAAGCAAUUGAAGACUCUCAAGCGCAAAAGAUGAGUUCUGGAAGCAGCUGGGAGAGUAAAGUUUGGAAAGUUGUGGAAGAAGAAGCCGAAAUUGGACAGGAUUGCCCCACUACUUUCAGUUGUUUUCUGUGAAGUUGGGACAUGUUUAUUUAAAAAAUGCUGGACUAUGUACUGUUCUUCAUUGGAACAGAAUUUAGUGCUUUGUGAUUGAACACUCUGAGAAUUUGAAUUUGGUAUGUUGUUAAACCAUGCUUUUUAUAUUUUAUUUUGGGGUGAAUUUGAUAGGUCUUUGUGAA